GGGAGAGCGCCAUUUUGUCGGUUGGUGUCGUGAAAUCUGUGGUAGUGAUAUAGAAAAUCUGUCGAAAUUGCCCUUGAAUUUUCGUUAUUGUAUUUUAUUACAAUUAAUCAAAAAGUUAAAGUUCUUCUAAACUUCUAAAUAUAAAUAAAUAUAAACCAUGUCAAAUGGCGGUGGAGAUCACGAUGACGAGGGAUAUGUCGUUAAAAUACGUGGACUUCCAUGGUCAACUACGGUUGACGAAAUAAUGAAAUUUUUUGGAGAUUGUUCCAUAACCAAUGGAAAAGAGGGAGUACAUAUGACUAUGUCACGCGAAGGAAGACCCAGUGGGGAAGCCUAUGUAGAGAUGGAUACCCCAGAAGAUAUAGAAAAAGCUUGCAAAAGAGAUCGAGAUCAUAUGGGACAUCGAUACAUUGAAGUUUUCAAGGCAAAAAGAGGAGAAAUGGAAUGGGUAAUCAAACGAAGUGGCUUAAAUUUAGAAAAUGCAAUGGACGAUGGAUGUGUCAGAUUACGUGGACUACCAUUCGGUUGUUCCAAAGAAGAAAUAGCACAAUUUUUCUCAGGGUUGGAGAUAUUGCCGAACGGGAUUUCACUACCGACAGACUACACGGGCCGCAGUACUGGGGAGGCUUACGUUCAGUUUGUAAACAAAGAUGUUGCGGAGCGCGCUCUGCAGAAACACAAGGAAAAGAUAGGACACAGAUACAUUGAAAUCUUCCGAAGCAGUUUGUCUGAAGUACGUGCUAGUAUAGGACCAAAAAUGCGUGGUCCAAUGGGUGGAUUUAAUCAAAGACCUGCACCUUAUGAUCGUGGUGAUCGUUUUGGAGGCAUGAAUCGUUUUAGUAACAAUAGCCGAGGAUCUAGAAAUAGAGAUUUUGAUAGUGGCCCUUGGGGAAGUGGAAAUAACUUUAAUUCACGUGGUAGUGGAAUGGGUAUGCGCGGUGGAAUGGACAUGAAAGGAGGAAAUUUUAGAGGAAGUGGUGAUAAUUGGGGCAAUAAUACUGGUCUUCAUAGUAUACAUAUGAGAGGUUUACCAUUCAAAGCAACAGAAGAUGAUAUAGCAGAUUUUUUUAGGCCUGUUGUGCCGAUAAAUGUUAAGAUUCUUUUGGAAAAUGGUGGGCGUCCAUCCGGUGAGGCAGACGUGGAAUUUGAAACCCACGAAGAAGCUGUUAGAGCUAUGUGCAAGGACAAAAGCCAUAUGUCUUACAGAUACAUAGAGUUAUUCCUUAACUCGAGUAACAGUUCGAGUGGAAUGUCUUUGGGUGGUAUAGGGAACUUUUGUGGAGGUUUGGGUAAUAACUUUAGGCCAGGAUAUUCUCCAAAUAGAGGAUUCAGCAGUCAAUUAGGAGGUAGUAAUUACAACAGUUUUUGAGAUUCGAUGCCACGUUUUUCACGUUCUCUACGAAGAAGGAUAUAAGAUGAUGAUUUAAAGUUUAAGGAAUCAAUAUUCUAACUUUGAGAAAUAUUGAUGCAUAUGGAAUUACAUUUUGCAAAUGAUAUCGAACGUAGAAAUUAUUAUUAAUAAUAUUGAUUGAUUGAAUUUUUUUUACGUUCAUUUAUUAAAAUAAAACAUUUAAUUAUUAAGCAAUUGGACAAUUACUUAGAUUUGUUCAUAACAAUUCCACAUUUAGAGACACAAACAAUAUAUAUUAAAUUCAGUAUAUGUUAACAUAAUGAAUGAUAAAUGAUAAAUGAUCUGUUUUGUUUAAAAUUUAUGUCGCACUUUUUUUUUUCGUUUCUUUUCUUUUCUAUUUUCUUUUAUUUGUUCAAAUCUAUUCAAUUCCUUUUACUUCUCUUAUAUUUCAUAUUAACAAAAAGGAAUAUACAUAAACAAAGUGUCCUAUUCAUGAAUGUUUUUUUACGAAAUAUAGAAUAUAUGUUUAAGAACAAAUAUUUAAAAAGUCACUGUUAAUAUUGAAAUCAAAAUAUUAUGUUAUUUUAUUUACUAUUUCACUUAGAAAUAAUUCAAUAUUGACAGAUUUGUAAUAAAUAUUCAUUAAACAAAAAUUUAGGCAUAUUUCAUUAGGCACUUUGUUAUUAUAGUUUAUCUUCAUUUUAUACAUGAAGUUAUCAAAAUAUAAAAAUCUUCAUAAGCUGACAAAAAUAUUUGUUUUCUUGUUAAAAUAAUUUAGUAUGAAAUUCUGAAUUGGUGUGUCUAUAAGAAUAAAAUAAUAUUUAAUAAUAUUAAUUGUAUCUCUUUUAAAAUAGUCGAAUCACGAUUCUGCAGUUUUGUAUCAUUGAUUCGAAAAAAUGUAAUACUCUUUAGUUUCUGUUUAUGGUAAUGAUGAAUGUCGCGUAUGGAUUGUGAAUUUGUUUAUGUUCCUUUAUUAAUUCUACUUUGUAUAUGUGGAAAUCGAGCCUAUGCCAUAAAAGUAUGAAAUAAAAUAGUAAUAAUGAAUGCCGAAUGAGAAUUGUGCUUUAAAAGUAUAGUAAAUAAAAAUGUUAUCUUCUUAUUCA